CGGGAGAAGGGUGACAACGACAGCGGGUGACGUCGAGGGCGACCGCGGCGUAACGUGGACACCUGGAGCCGUGCUACACUGGGCUAUGAGAUGGCGCCCCCCGCGCGGUGCUGGGUGAUCUCGCCCCGCUGCGGCCCUGGCGGCGCGGGCGGGGGCGGUUUUCCAGAGGGGCCGUUUCCAUAGGGAUCCACUGCGGGAGCCGCGCCCGCCCCGCGCCGGCACCGCGCCGGGACACGUCACCGCCGCCGCCCCGGGACCCAGCGGGGCCCUCCGCAGUUCACCAGGAGGUUCCACCUUGCUAUGAGAACCAAAGAUGGAUCCAGAAGAGCAGGAUUUGCUGGGGGAUUACAGAUACAGGAAUUAUUCUUCAGCAAUUGAGAAAGCUCUGAGAAACUUUGAAUCAUCCAGUGAAUGGGCAGAUCUGAUAUCUUCCCUUGGCAAACUCAACAAGGCUCUUCAGAGUAACCUCAAAUAUUCUCUCCUGCCAAGAAGGCUGAUCAUCAGUAAAAGAUUAUCCCAGUGUUUGCAUCCAGCCCUUCCCAGUGGAGUGCAUUUAAAGGCAUUGGAAACCUAUGAAAUCAUCUUUAAGAUCAUUGGGACCAAAUGGCUUGCCAAGGAUUUAUUCCUGUACAGCUCUGGGUUGUUUCCUCUGCUGGCAAAUGCAGCAAUGUCAGUGAGGCCUGUUCUCCUGGGCUUGUAUGAGAAAUAUUUUCUUCCUCUCCAAAAGUCCCUCCUGCCUGGUCUUCAAGCCUUUGUCAUUGGGCUCCUGCCUGGGUUGGAAGAAGGAUCAGAAAUUUAUGACAGGACAGAUGCUCUGCUGGUGAAGCUCUCCCUGCUGAUAGGCCAGGAGGUGUUUUAUGGAGCUCUCUGGGGCAGUGUCCUGGUCAGUCCAUCCAUCAGACUUCCUGCUUCCCUCUUUGUGGUCAGUCACAUCAACAGGGAGCAGUCUGGGAAGCAGCAGAAGUACAUGCUUGGCACAGAUCACAAGCUCACAAUCAAGUCUCUGUGUGUGUCAGUAUUGGAUUCCAAUGUCCUUGUGCAAAGGAACACUCUGGAAGCAAUUCUCUUCUUCUUCCCAUUUUACACAGCUUUGGACUGCAAUGAGAGCACGAUUCUGCUGCCCAGGGCUGAUCUCAUCUACAUCCUGUCAGCAGCAACCCAGACACUGCUGAGGAGAGACAUGUCCCUCAACAGAAGACUGUAUGCAUGGUUGUUAGGCUCUGAUAUUAAAGGUGGUACUUUUGCUCCAGACUCCACAACUUCUGAAGACCAGGCUGUUUAUUUCUUUGGGAAAUAUUCUAAAGAUCUUUUGGUUGAGAGUUUGAUUGUGAUUUUGCAUCAGAAAUUCCCCGAGUCUGAUAAUACAGAGGAGCAGCACCAGGCUUACCUGAAACCCUUCCGCAUCCUCAUCAGCCUCCUGGACAAACCUGAGAUAGGGCCACAGGUGGUUGGGGAUCUGUUCCUGGAAGUUAUCAGAGCCUUUUAUUCCUACUGCAAAGAUGCCCUUGGUUCUGAUCUCAAGCUCAGCUACAACCAAAGUGGCAACAUCCUGGCGAGUGCAAUCAAAGAGAACAAAAACGCCUCAGAAAUUGUCAAAACAGUCAACUUGUUGAUCACCUCCUUAAGCACGGAUUUCCUCUGGGAUUACAUGACCAGAUGUUUUGAAGAUUGUUUCAGAAACAAAUCCUCAGAGAUGAGAUACCCUCUGGAAAAUAUUAGCACUCCUCCUACAAUUUCAGAGCUCUGCACACUAUUGGUGUUCCUUCUCGAUGUGAUCCCUUUGGAACUCUACUCUGAAGUGCAGACUCAGUAUCUGCCCCAGAUGCUCAGUUACAUGGUGCAGUCUCUCCUGGAAAACAUGGAAUUAUUGGGUUUGCCAGAACUCACUCAUGCCUUAAAGACCUGUUUUAAGGUGCUCAGCAAGGUGCAAAUGCCCCCUUCCUACCUGGACGUCGAGACAGGGAGUGGAAACGGGAGCCCAGUGCCAAAGGAAGAUGUGGACAUAACCUUGGAGACAAAGUCAGUGCUGCAGGAGGAGGAGGAGGCUCCAUUCCAGCCCCUCAAGUCAGAGGACAGUGGAAUUGGUCUGAGUGCCUCAUCCCCAGAGCUCUCCCAGCACCUGGGGGUGCCCACAGUGACCCUGGAGAGGGAUGAUGUCUGGAAGAAAGGGGGGAGCAUCCAGAAGACUCUGUUGUGCAUCCAAGAGCUGGUUGCCAAGUUUUCCAGUAAAUACAUUUUUGGGGUGCAGCUCCAAGAAACGAGUAACGAGCGCGUUUCGGCAACGAAUCCCAGUGGGAAGGAGAAAAAGGAGAAUGGAUACAGGUUCCCUGAGAGUGCCAGCAAGAAAAAGAGUCCCUGGGAUGCCAAGCAGAUCACUGUGCCUCAGGUUAAACAGAUGCUUUCAGACUUGUUCUCAGCCCGGGGGUCUCCCUUCAGGAGCAAGAGUUCCAGCCCUCUGCUCCCUGACCACGACUCUGGGAGUAAAAAGGAAAAGGAGGAAGAAGAGUGGGAUUUGGAACAAGUGAUGCUGGUCUUGGGACCCCUUAAAGGUGACUGCAAGGAAGCUUUCUCUGCAGCUUGUCACCUUCUGCUGGAUUGCACCACGUUCCCAGUCUACCUGUCGGAGGAGGAGAUGGAACAGUUGUAUCUCUCUCUGUUUGAGGUUCCUGGAGGUUGUGAUCCCAGCUUCCCUCUGUGGCUGAGGUCCCUGAUGACCAUCUGCUGCUGUGUGAACGACUGCUACGUCCAGAACGUGUCCAUCUUCACCCUGCUGGAGGUGAUCAACCACUCCCAGUCCCUGGCUCUGGUCAUCGAGGACAGGAUGAAGCGCUACAAAGUGUCCAGCCACAACCCCUUCCUGGGCAAGCUGCAGAUGGUCACCCUCCCUCCCAUCGCUCCUGCAGUCCUAAAGAUGAUCUCAGAGAAAACAGAUUUCUACCAGAGAGUAGCCUGUGUGCUCUGGAACCAGCUGAACAAGGAGACUCGGGAGCACCACAUUCCCUGUGUGGAACUGUUCUACAGGCUGCACUGCCUGGCCCCAUCAGCAAAUAUCUGUGAGGACAUCAUCUGCCACGCUCUGCUGGACAGGGAUAAAGGGACAAGGCUGGAGGCCCUGUUCAGGUUCUCUGUCAUGUGGCAUCUGACCAGAGAGAUCCAAGGCAGCAGAGUGACUUCUCACAACCGCUCCUUUGACAGGUCCCUGUUUGUGGUCCUGGACAGCCUGAACUGCUCCGACGGUGCCAUCGGAGCCGCGGCGCAGGGUUGGCUCAUCCGGGCUCUGUCCCUCAACGACGUGGCCCGGAUCCUGGAGCCAAUCCUGCUGCUCCUGCUGCAUCCCAGGACACAGCGCACCUCCAUCCACUACAUCAAACAGAAACACUCAGCAGACUUUAUACAUGAUUGGCUUUGCAAGAAAAAGGCCCCUAUGAAAGAGUCUGGCAUCUCCGAGAGCAAUUCUGAGGAAAACCUUCCACUGAGCCAGUUUACUACUGUGGAUAGAGAGGCAAUUUGGGCAGAAGUGGAAAAAGAUCCAGAGUUAAAACCUGAGAAUGAUGGACCCUGUAAUCCCAUAAUUCCCCAGGAAGCAGAUGGUGACCAAGACAACAGCGAGCACACGGAGUCCGCGGACACCAGCACAGGCCACGACAGUGAGAACACAUCCUCCUUCUCUCCCUCUCUGGAGCUGCAGGAGGUGAGCAACGAGGACAAUGACAGAGAGGCCCCAAAUCCCGGGAAUGCGCUCAACUCCCUCCUGUCCGACAGCUCCAAAUCCAGCGCGGCGCCGAACCUGGUGCGCGCCGACUCCGAGAGGACUCAGGCCUCGGAGUCCCUGUCGAGCGACGAAGAGGUGGACCUGGAGCUGCAGGAAAUCACCCAUUCCAGGCUGCUGAAGCAGCAGAAGGAAAAGCAGGAGAUGGUGGAGGCUCUGUUCAAGCACAUGCUGCUGUACCUGCAGCCCUACGACUCCAGGAGGGUGCUCUACGCCUUCUCCGUGCUGGAGGCCGUGCUCAAAACCAACCCCAAGGAAUUCAUCGAGGCCGUGGCCAGCACCAGCAUGGACACCAGCUCCACAGCGCAUCUGAACCUCAUCUACAACCUCCUGGCUCGCCACCAGGAAGCUCUCGUAGGGCAGAGUUUUUAUGGGAAGCUCCAGCCCCAGUCCCCGACCGUGUGUCCCCAUUCCCUGCUGAUAGAGCUGCUCACCUACCUCUGCCUCAGCUUCCUGCGCUCCUACUACCCCUGCUGCCUGAAGGUCACCCACAGGGACCUCCUGGGCAACAGGGACGUGCAGGUGAAGAGCGUGGAGGUGCUGAUCCGGGUGGUGGCCCAGCUGGCCACCGUGGCCAAGGCGGCGGAGAGCAGGAACGUGGAGUUCAUCCGCAGCUUGCUGGGGAGGUGCAAAGUGCAGGAGUUCGUCCUCCUGUCCCUGUCGGCCUCCAUGUACGUCAGUCAGAAACGCUACGAGCUGCUCCUGGCGGACGGGGCCGGCCGUGGUGCCGAGGGAGAGCUCUGGGAAGAGAGCCUGAUCAACUUUGGACACGACCAAAUCUGGAGCGAACACCCGCUGCAGAUCGAGCUGCUGAAGCUCCUGCAGGUGCUGAUUGUCUUGGAGCACCACCUCGGACAGACCCCCGAGGAGCAGGAGAAUCAGCCAGACCUCUCCAGGGAGUGGCAGCAGGCUCUCAACUUCCAGCAGGCCAUUGGUGCCAUGCAAUAUGUCUAUCCACAUCCCAUCACUUCCCAGGGGUUGUUUGUCUCUGCCGUGGUUCGGGGUUUGCAGCCGGAGUAUGGCUAUGGGAUGCAUCCCACUUGGGUGGGCUUGGUCACGUCUUCCCUGCCCUAUUUUGGGAAAUCCCUGGGCUGGACUGUGGCACCAUUCGUGGUACAGAUCUGUAAAAACCUGGAUGAGCUUGUCAAGCAGUAUGAAAACGAAGCUGUGAAGGCGUCUGCCAAAACAUCUGCCAGCUUAACUUCCAAGAGAGAAAAUGUGACACCUGAUUACCCACUAACCCUUCUGGAAGGUCUGACAACCAUUGGUCACUUCUGCCUUCUGGACCAUCCUAAUCCAACAAAAAAGUCGUGUUUAGCUGAACCUGCAAACCUGAGGAAUGCCAGGAAUGCCAUCCUGGAAGAACUGCCUCGCAUUAUCAACACCAUGUCCCUGCUUUGGAGUGUCAUCAAGAGGGAAGACUCUCAAAAAAGACCAACUGACUUCUUUGGAACAACCAAAGGCUCUUCUUCAGUCUAUUUUAAAGCAACCAAAACAUUAAGAAUGAAAAUAUUGGACUUCCUGAAUCCACUGACAGCCCAACUUGGAAUCCAGUUGAUGGCAGCAAUUGCAGCAGUUUGGAACAGCAAGAAACCUCACAGGAGUCAAAGUAAAACCAAGAUCCUUCCAGUGGCCAGUGCAUCUCAGCUUGUUCUUGUGGACUUAAUUUGUGCCCUUAACACACUGAAAACUGACACUAUUUUACAUCUUAUCAAAGAGGUGGUCAAGAAACCAGCACAGAUCAAGGGUGAAGAGAAAUCUUCUCUCGUGGAUAUCCCAAUGCUGCAGUUCAGUUAUGCUUUCAUUCAAAGACUGCCUGUCUCAGCCCUACAGGAGAACUUCCAGCCCUUGUUAGGACUCCUCAAGGAGUCUGUGCAGUUGAACUUGGCUCCUCCUGGACACUUCCUUCUCCUCAGCACCCUGAAUGACUUUGUGACCAGGACACCCACUCUGGAAAACAAAAAAGACCAAAAAGACUUGCAGGAGGUGACCCAAAAAAUCCUGGAGGCCGUAGGGACUGUGGCUGGUUCUUCUCUGGAACAGACCAGUUGGCUGAGCAGGAACUUGGAAGUGAAAGCUCAGCCUCAGAUUUUACCAGAUGACUUCAACAUGGAAGAUGUGAAUGAUACCUCAGUGGCACCAUCUUCAAUGGUUUCUGCCUCUGCUCCUUCCAUAUACAGCGUCCAAGCCCUUUCUCUCCUUGCUGAGGUCCUUGCUUCUCUUCUGGACGUGGUUUACAGGAGUGAUGAGAAGGACAAAGCUGUGCCACUGAUCUCACGUUUGCUCUACUACGUCUUCCCUUACCUGCGCAACCACAGUGCCUACAACAUUCCCAGUUUCCGUGCUGGUGCUCAGUUGCUCAGCUCCUUGAGUGGAUACGCCUACACCAAGCGAGCCUGGAAAAAAGAAGUGCUGGAGUUGUACAUGGAUCCCUCUUUUUUCCAGAUGGACACUUCAUGCACUCAUUGGAGAUCCAUUAUUGACCAUCUCCUGACACACGAGAAAACCAUGUUUAAAGAUUUGAUGAACAUGCAGAGCAGUGCCCUAAAACUGUACCCAAGCUUUGAGCAGAAGGCGAUGCUGCUGAAGCGCCAGGCGUUCGCCGUCUUCAGCGGGGAGACCGACCAGUACCACCUCUACCUGCCCCUGAUACAGGAACGACUGACCGAGAACCUCCGCGGGGGCCAGACCUCUCUGGUUGCUGCCCAGAUGUUCCUCUUCUUCCGAGUUCUCUUGCUAAGGAUUUCCCCUCAGCAUCUCACCUCGCUGUGGCCAAUUAUGGUGACAGAAUUGAUCCAGACAUUCCUGCAGCUGGAAGAAGAUCUAACUGAGGAAGAGGAACCAUCAAAGAGCAACAGCAAAAUCAGCAAGCCAAGGGCCCCUGGGGACGGCAGCGGGUCUGACAUCCCGCACAGCGAGCUCUCCCUGUACCUCUCAGCCUGCAAAUUUUUGGACACGGCGCUUUCCUUCCCACCUGACAGGAUGCACUUGUUCCAAAUGUACAAAUGGGCAUUUGUCCCAGAGGUGGACACAGAGUCAUGUCCUGUGACCUCUCACCUGGUAGAAAACCAUCAGGAAUGCAGACCACACAUUGUGAGGAUCAUGGAUCUGCUCAAGAUGAAAUACAGGGAACCAAACCACAGCGAGGGAAUCCCCAAGAAGCACAGAUUCCCCCUGCUGACCCUGCGCUCCGUCUCCAGCAUCACCCAGCUCAUGCCCUUCUUCCAGACUCUCUGCUGGGCAUUUACAGCAAACAGGAGCCAGUCCCAAAAUUCCCACCCUUCCCCAGCUGUCUCCCUGGACUGUGUUGGAAGCAGCAGCACCCCCAAGAUCUUGCAGCAGCUGGAAGACAGCGUUGAAUGUGACUUCCUGGAGAACAUGGAAAGUUAAGCCACGUGUUGGACACUUUGGAUCGUGGUGGGAAAACAGCAAAACAAGGGAAAGCUUUGCUGCAAUUCCUUUUUUUUAUCCCCCCCAGCUUUCAAGCUACAUUUUGGGAGUGC